UGUUUGCCUUUCAAAAAAAAAUGAGUAGUAGCUUUGUGUUUGUUGCGGAGUGGUCAGUUUGAAAAACAAACAAACAAACAAACAAAGGAAACUAUGAAUAUUCAUGAGAUCCCAACAGAGAUAAUUAGCGACGAAGAAAUGUCACUCAUUGAUUCCGCUUUCUCUCUCGCUUUCGCCCAUUCCCAUUCCCAUUCCCAUUCCCAUUCCCAUUCCCUUUCCCUUUCCAAACCCAAUAUUCAUUUCUCUUCUUCUUCUUCUUGUCAUGAUAUCGAGGAUGGAAUCGGAAUCACUCAAACCCAAAUCAACAACAAGAAGAAAUAUGAAUCUUUGUUACAUCGUUUCAAAAAGAAAACGGGCUUGUUCGUUACUGAUAUUACCUCUUCGGAAUGGUGCGAAAAACAGGAGGAGUUUUAUCUUCUUUAUGGAAAGCCAAAGGCUAGUAAAGCUAUGAAAGCAGGGACUGCUCGUCACGCACUACUUGAAGAAGAGGUUAUAACAAGAGUGGAAGUUCUAAUAAGAUCUGCUGAAGAACACUGGGCUUUGAAAAUGUUAAAUUUCAUACAUGGUACUAAUCAAUUAAUUCUUGAUGGAUUAACCCGCGAGCUGCCACUGAUAGGGUUUGCAGAAGGCGUGUGUGUGGUUGGAGUGAUCGAUGAAAUCCUAAUGACUACAACAAUCAACAGUAAUUGCGUUCCAACAUUAGUUGAAACAAAAACCCGUUCACAAAACAAUCUUCCUUCCGAACCCCAACAAAGAAAUGCAAGGCUUCAGUUGAUGUGCUACAAGUAUUUUUGGGAUAACCUACUUACUCAGCCUUUUCCUUCUCAGCACUUCUUAGAAUUGUUUUCUUUGAACCCCCGUUAUGUUUUAUCCAAAGAAAUCCAAGAGUUUGCUUUUCAAGCAGGUUUACCUGUAAAGACACUUAAUGACGUAUUAGAAAAAUACCAAUACGUCUGUUCCAUGCUGCCCGAGACUCAAGAGCAGCUUCUGUUAAGAUACGAAUACCAAGAAGAUCAAUCUUUGAUAGGCGAGAACCGAUUUAUAUACGAUUCUGAUUGGGUCACAGCUCAAAUCAGGUCUGCCCUGGAAUUCUGGAAGGGUGAACGAGAAGCUAGUUACGCUUUGGAGGAUGAGCGUUGGAAAUGCAAGUACUGCAAGUAUGCGUCAAAUUGUCCAGUAAACACCAUAUCUACACAAAUCACUAAACAAAUGUAAAAAGGUAACCCAUUUUGCAAUUGAGGCCUAAAGUGAGUAACUUUAAGCUGUUUAGUGCACGGUUUUGGUUGGGCUUCAUUCGAUAUUGAAACAGUAAAGCUUUCAGCCACAGAUCACAGUGUGAUCCAGGGUUGCAACCUUUGUUUUAUAUGUGUAGUGGGAUGUCACUUCAGUUUGGCCUCAGUUUUUUGUAUAUUAGGUUUUAGUCUUUGUUCCAUUUGAUUCGUUAUCAUGUAACUUACAUGGUGUGGUUGUAAGUGGUAGUGUUGUAAUGUGAUCACCAUUUUGGUUAAAAUACCAUUUGGUUA